AUGGUGGCCCCAAUGGUGGCCCCAAUGGUGGCCCCAAUGGUGGCCAAGCAGGGCUACAUGGUGGCGAAGGAGGCGUACAUGGUCGCGAAGGAGCACAGAAAGAAAAGGAGUGGAAUGAAGAGGAUGACAAUCGUGGUGCAAUCUGUGCUGAGUCUUGUGCAGAGCGGUUCGUCACCAACAUCACAGGGGAGAUGA